AUGUUGAGAUCCAAAACUAAAGAAGCCGGCGUCAGUGCUCAAUACCAGAUCAAUGACUCUGUGAAGACCGGUACAUGUGCGGCACUCAUCCAUAAUCAGCAUAGGUCGUUGUGUGCUCAUUUGGCUGCUGCGAACACCUUCACUCUCGAGCACAUGCUGAAACCAGAAAAUGCAAAAAUUAUAGAGAAUGCAAAGUACUUCUACAUUGCUGGUUUCUUCCUCACCGUCUCUCCUCCAUCUAUCAUGCACGUGGCUGAGCAUUCCUUCAAGCAUGACAAGAUCUUCAUGUUAAAUUUGGCUGCUCCCUUCAUUUCUCAAUUCUUCUUUGAGCCACUCAAGGCAGUCAUGCCAUAUGUGGAUGUUCUUUUUGGCAAUGAAGACGAAGCGGCAGCCUUUGGAAAAGCAGCAGGAUUUGAUACCACCGAUUUGAAGGAGAUCGCUUUGAAGACAGCGGCAAUGGAGAAGAAAUCAUCGAAGCCUCGAACGGUGAUCUUCACCCAAGGUGCCGACCCAGUAAUUGUGGCCAUUGGUUCAACUGGACCUUGUUUUCUCGCCCAAUAUAUCCAGAACAAAAGCAUUGAGGAAGCCGUGAAUUGUGGCAAUUACGCAGCUGGUGAGAUUAUCCAAAAGCACGGAUGCACUGUGCCGUCCGUCUGCAAGUAUCACUAA